AUAAUCACUCUUCGCUCUUUCCAUCGAUCUUCACCUUCAUCUUGAAAUCACGCGUUUUCAAUCUCUCUCUACAAAAACCCGUUCAAGAAAAUAUCGAGUUUUAUCAGCAAGAAUCUUCCAACAAUGGCGUCCCCAUCUCCAGCAGUGCUUCCGAUCUCCAAUUCUCAGCCUCCCGUUGUGGCGGUUUCUUCCGCAUCCGGUGGUGGUUCGGCUCAAUCUCAGGCGCCGAUCUCAACUCCGGCUGUCCGUUCAUUCAUAAACCACAUUUCAGAAAAUGUGCGCAACGGACUCUCCCAGCGUAGGCCGUGGUCGGAGCUUUUGGACAGGUCUGCUUUUGCUAAGCCGGAAUCGGUAUCCGACGCUACUCUACGAAUCCGCAAGAACUACUCCUACUUCCGAGUCAAUUACAUGGCUGUCGUCGCCGGUAUCCUCGCCGUGUCGUUGCUAACCAACCCGUUCUCAUUACUCGUCCUCCUUGGCCUCCUCUCCGCUUGGCUUUUUCUUUACCUAUUCCGUCCUUCGGAUCAGCCUCUUGUCCUCUUUGGCCGUACAUUUUCUGAUACUCAGACCCUCUGGGGCCUGAUCGGGCUCAGCGUCUUCGUCGUUUUUCUCACAAGUGUCGGAUCCGUCCUGAUCUCUGCUCUCAUGCUCGGAUUCGCUGUCGUUUUCGCCCACGGUGCGUUUAGGGUUCCCGAGGAUCUUUUCUUGGAUGAGCAGGAGAAUUCCCCCUCUACUGGAUUUCUGUCUUUCCUCAGCGGGGCCGCAUCUAAUGCCGCCGCCGCCGCUGGUCCUGCCGUCGUUGCUGCUCGGGUCUGAGUAAAGCUUCAAUUCAUUUAGUAAUGGAGGUGAAGAAUACCGCGUUUGGGUAAUACGUAUAUAGAAAAUUUCGUUCUUUGUUCAUUAUAAAAAAAAAUUAACUUUUCGGUAGAGAAAAUAAAGUUUGUUUUGUCCUAUAAAUUUAGGGGUGGAUAUGUAGUAAUGGAUUUUGUAUGGAUCUGUGUUAUACAAAUUCAAAGCUUUUUUAUUUUGGGUCUA